CUCCGGCCCAGACCGGAAAUGAGGUCACGGAGGGAAGCCCCGGCGGGGAGACUCGGCCCCGAAAGCGGUGGCCGUUGGAGGUAGCUGCGGCAGCUGAUGUGGCCUCAUGGAUGAGCUGGUACAUGACUUAGCCUCAGCCUUGGAGCAGACAUCUGAGCAGAAUAAGCUUGGUGAACUCUGGGAGGAGAUGGCCCUGAGCCCUCGGCAGCAGAGGCGGCAGCUUCGCAAACGCAGAGGCCGGAAGCGCCGUUCAGACUUCACUCACCUGGCAGAGCAUACCUGCUGCUACAGUGAGGCCUCCGAGUCAAGUCUGGAUGAGGCUAUUAAGGACUGUCGAGAAAUGGCCCCAGUCACCAAUUUUAGUGACUCUGAUGACACCAUGGUAGCCAAACGGCACCCAGCUCUCAACGCCAUUGUUAAGAGUAAGCAACAUUCUUGGCAUGAAUCUGACUCUUUUACUGAAAAUGCACCUUGUCGACCGCUCCGGCGCCGGCGUAAGGUGAAGCGAGUGACCUCAGAGGUGGCUGCCAGCCUUCAGCAGAAGCUCAAGGUGUCAGAUUGGAGCUAUGAGAGAGGCUGCAGGUUCAAGUCUGCUAAGAAGCAGCGUCUGUCCCGUUGGAAGGAGAAUAGUCCCUGGACCUCGUCAGGUCACGGGUUGUGUGAAUCAGCAGAAAAUAGGACUUUCCUAAGCAAAACGGGAAGGAAAGAAAGGAUGGAAUGUGAAGCAGAUGAACAAAAACAGGGUUCUGAUGAGAACAUGUCAGAAUGUGAAACCAGCAGUGUGUGUAGCAGCAGUGACACAGGGCUCUUUACCAACGAUGAAGGACGGCAAGGGGAUGAUGAGCAGAGUGAUUGGUUCUAUGAAGGAGAGUGUGUCCCAGGAUUCACUGUGCCCAAUCUUCUGCCCAAGUGGGCUCCUGAUCAUUGCUCUGAAGUAGAAAGAAUGGAUUCUGGACUGGAUAAACUUUCAGAUUCCACAUUCCUUUUGCCUUCUCGACCAGCUCAAAGAGGGUACCAUGCUCGCUUGAAUCGUCUCCCUGGAGCUGCAGCUCGGUGCCUCAGAAAGGGGCGAAGAAGGCUUGUUGGGAAGGAGACCAGCAUAAGUAAUUUGGGUACUGAGAGGAUAGGCCACAUCAUUAGUGACCCUCGGCAGAAAGAUUUCUGGUUGUCAUCAGCUGGGAAAAGAGAACGAAAUCAGUUUAAUCCUCUUUCUCCCCUUUCCCUGGACGUUCUUGCUGAUGCUUCUCACCGAAGGUGUUCACCAGCACACUGCUCUGCCAGACAGGCAAGCAUUCACCUGGGACCCCCGUGUUCACGUGACAUCAAGAGGAAACGGAAACCUGUGGCCACAGCAUCUCUGUCCAGCCCAAGUGCAGUUCACAUGGAGGCAGUGGAGCCAACCACACCAGCAUCACAGGCCCCCAAGUCUCCAGACUCUGAGUGGUUGGUUAGGACCUCUGCUGCAGAGAAAGCCGCAGACUCAGCUGCAGCUACGUUUUUUAAAAUGCCACAAGAAAAGAGCCCUGGAUACAGCUAGAAAGCAGGACUUCACCCACCAAGAGCCAGCUGGAUGUUUGAAACAAAGAUUAGACUUUGUAUCAUAUUAUCUUGCAUAUCUUAAUUGACAUUCCCAACCCUUUCACCACCAGGACUGACUCCUCUUCAAACAAAGAACUCUCUUAGAAAAUCAUGUUGUGGAAAUCUUUUUUUUUUUAAUUGUAAAAUAUUGGGGCAGCAAUUUUUGUUUUUAAAAAGCUCAUCCUGUGCUAUAUUUUUUACAUUGCUAUUGCUGUCCCAACAGUUACCUACAGCUCUGUUUACAGAGCUGUUACUUUUUUGCAGGUAUGUCUUUUUUCUUGAAAAACUAGUAACUGCUUUUGCAAGGUUUUUGGGUAGAGCUUUUAAUACUAUUUGAGGAAGUUCCAGAUUUGCAGUCAGUUCCAGAUAGAUUUGAACACAGGGUUAAGACCUGUGUAUGGAAUUGUUUGCAGGAGAUAAGGCUUGCCUUUGAGCCUGGUCUUGAUUCAGGCAGAGUGCCAAUAAGAAAAAUCUAGCAAGUUCUCGAAUUGGAGCCUCAGAAGAGACACCAGCAACGUGGGCCUUGGGAACUUACUCCAUUUUUGUAGACAGCCUAAUGGGAUCGCCAGCAGCUGUGUUGGACUUUGCCUCAUCUCCAAAGUUCAUGUUCUGCCAAAAGAGGAUCUGUAUGUAUCUACACAGAUUGGUGUAAAGAAGAAGAUGGGUUAGGUGUUCAGCAACUUUAAAAUAGUCAGUGGAUUGUAUCUUAAUGCUUCAUGUCGCAGUGUAGUAAGCCUGUAUGUACUAAACGAGACUUUUAUUGUUAGUAUUAUAGGUCAAUAACCUGCAGCAGAAAUUCAUACUCUAUUAUAAUAACGGCUUCUCGGGGCCAUACCUUGGAGAGGAAAAAUGCCUUUUUGUCAUGCCUUUCUACUUGGCGUGUUUAUGAGGGCUCAGCUGCACGUAGAGUUAUAUACACAGCCGUGCCUGAAGUUGGAUGCCCCUUUGUCAGAAUGAGGAAUAAGUGACUGCCUCAAGCUGCUGGAGAAAAGCCACCCUUUCUAAAAAAGCAUUAUCAAGAGUGUCAUUCAGGGGCCUGGUUGACAGAAGGGCUCUUUCUUUGGGCAAAUUGAGUGCUUUUACUCUGAAAUACACUGAAGCUGUUCUCCAGCGCCUGCUGCCCAGGUGACGUUCUUGAGGAACUCCCACUCCUGCGCCUGCUUGUUUCCUGUGCUUGAGCCGGUGCUGAGCAGGACACAGCCUCCUCUCCCUGCGCGCGGUUGUCCAUUUUUCUCACACAGAUUGCAAUGGUGAGCUGCUCUGUUGUGUUCCUUUAGAGAUCGUUGUCCUUAUCAGUGGUAGCUCCAGAAUGUCCUUAUCGGUGGGGUGAGUGUGAAUCUAGUGGGGAGGAGGGACUUGAAACUAAGCUUACAUAGCACUUUAUGCAAGGCUGAGAGCAUGGAGGGGGGGGCAGGCGGAGCUGCCGGAGCGAGGAGGAGCACUAAACCCAGUGCAGCAUCCCCGGGGCCACCGGGUUCCCCUGCAUAGCGGGUGCACCUCCCUCCCUGUGGCUGUGCCCACAGUACAGAAAACAGUGUCUGUUGAGUGUAAGUGGCUCUACUCAAUUGUUUUAGUGAUGAGGGUAGGUUUUUGUUGUCAUAUGUACAUUUUUACCUAGUCCCCAUAGUGUCCUAAGGCACGUAUUUCUAACAUAACUUGUUGGAUUUAAGGGAGAAAUCCAUGGACAUAAUUUUAUUUUCUUUGCACUGAGCUCCAGUGGCUCAUGCAGAGAUGGGUCCUGUGAUCGUGGCCUAUUGAAGACCCUGCAGUCCGGGCAGCAUCUCUUCUUCAUAACAUGUGGCCUAAUAGUUCUUCCUACAUGUGAUUAAAAGUAAUUUAUACAUACAACUUUAUUUAUUUUAAACAUCUCUGUGAUGACAGAGUUUAGUGACUUGCCCCAAAUCAUAUAAUCAAGCUAAGGCUUAAAAUCCCAGACUUUCAGACUUUUCCUGCCCUAGGUUAUAAUCUUUUUUGUUGUUGUUGUUUACAACCUGAGUCACUCUGAGACCCAUAUUUUUGAAACGGUAUGCCAUGAAUGUUUAUCAUUUUUGAGGUAUGCUCUCCUACUAUUUUGAAUACUUUCAACAGGGAGCACCCAAAAAUGCCGUAUGUACCUGUAAUAAGUAGGAAAGGAAGUUAAUUGCCUAAGAGACUAGCCAUUAAGCACACAAAUACUUUUCCAACACAGGGUUGUAAAUGGCGCUGCUUAUUUUAAGCUGCUGCAUGAGCAUGCUUACAAAAUUAUUAACUGACUUAUUCUGCUUGUUUUUUUGUAUGAGUCCAUUCCAGAGAAAUAACCUUAGAAUCAAGCAUCUUUUGAAUCUUAAAUUUUAAAUUUCCUUUUUAUAUGACAAAGUAUAUAAUGUCAUAAAUCAAGAAAAAUCUGUUACCUUUCAACAAAAGAUAAUUUCACAAUCAGAUUUUGUAAUGUGUUAAAAAAAAAAAACUGUGAUGGCUUGACUUCCUUUGAGGAUGAUCAUUGAACUCACAUGUGUUUGAUCUGCUCAAAAGUAGUAACUGAAGCAGAGUUCCACAGUUCUUAUUUCAGGGUUCUGAUUUUUCCCGGCUGGCUGCACAGUCUGCCUGUCUGAAUCCUAAUCUUGGGUAUUUUCCACAGUGGGCAAAGGCAAGACAUUAUCUACUUGCAUGAGCAUUAUUCCUAAAGGAUAGUUUUGCUUAUGAGUUUAAGGGAAUUUGAGAUUAUUUUUCAGAUGCAGUAUUUUAAAGGGAAAAACUUAUUUUCAUCAAAACUCUUGUGUUGCUUUUUGGUAAGGACUGUUCAGAAGAAGUUAGUGGCUGUUUAAUGGUGCUAAAUUUGGGAAGGGCAGGGUAUGAUCUUUAUUGAGUGGUCUGUUCUUGAUAAAUAGGCCUCAUUUAGCACUGAAUUCUUUAGAAAUCAAAUGCAGUUGAAAAUUUCAGUAGGUGUUCUGUGCGGUUCAGUGGGUUUGUAAAUGUAAUUCUUGGUGUAUUUGUGGGAGACGGCGAGCUGUGAGUCUCUACUCCACCAUCUUGGUACCUCCCCCCUGAAAAUUUCAGAUGACUUGGUUUUGUUGGGCUAUAGAAACAGGCUGCAAAUAAGGCCAUUUUGGCAACAAAAUGACCAAAAGCUGAAAUAAAACUUCUUAACCUGUGAUACUUAUUGCAUCCUUUGCUAAGAGCAGCACCUAGGACAGGUAGUUAAACCGUUUCUGAAUCCAAACAGAUGAAUGUGAUACAUCCUUGCAUUUGAAAUCAGAAAUGCAAUCUAGACCAUAGCAUAGCAAGUUCUGAUGCUGCAAAAUACAGGGGCAGAGUGACCACAGAUGUCAUUUAGAGUUGAACAAGUCACAGAAUGUCACAAGUAAGGAGUUAGGCUGGCGUUGUCAUUGCUGAUGUGAUGGGGUCUCCACUUUGGCUCCAGGCAGAGACUCCUGGUGAUGCAUGAUUCAUUUUCAGUCUGUGCUUUAUUUUGACUUCAUUACCAUGGUUCUGAGCACAAGCUUUUUAAAAGUUUCCUGGGGAGAAGGCUAUGUACAGAUCUCAGCAUUAGAAGCUGUAUUCAGCAUUCUGUAUGUUUGGUGAACCUUAUCUGAGCGGGAAUGAGAACAGAGUGGCUUUCUCUAGCAGCUGUGGAUACAGUCUAGUUGGGGGCAUAGCUUACAGGAUGUCUCAUGGGUUCAUGGAAUGGCAGAAGAGGAAGAAGCAGUUUGAUCUUGCUGUCACCUGCUCCCUUUGUUAAUUUUUAAGCUGCGCAUUUUACUUGUCAGUAUUUCCUUAUCUCCCACUCCAGUCAUAGUCAUGACAGUUAGUGGAGUUACUGAUAGUGACAGCGAUCAAGUUGGGUUCCUACCCGAUUAGAAACCUGGUACAGAGGGAAAAGAUGAGGAAAUUGGUGGGUUCUGCUGUUAGCACAAAACAGAUGAACAUCAAAUGCCUGGGAAUAGCAACAUCAAAAAGAAACAAGGAAAUUUGAGUGAUCUUGCUGCAGACUCUGGAUUAUAAGGUUUUUAACAAGCCCAGCAAAACAAACUUAUGGCCAAAAGAAGAAACUUUCUUGAUACUGCACUGAACUUGGUAAAAUUGCCAAAUGUGGGGAAUAAAAAUUUUUUCAAGCAUGAUAUUGAAGAGUGGGGCAGAUCCUGAAGAUGGUCACCAGGGAAAGCAAUCUUGGCAAGGUCCAGAGUGGGAUGGCAAAGGGAGGAGAGGGAGAGAUGCUUAGAGCAAGGGUGCUGAGGCCCUUAGGCCAACAGCAUCAACACAUUCUCUCUUCCACCAGAUCUGCUGAAUCAGAAACUGAGGGCAAGGCCCGGCAAUCUUUUACAGGCCCUCCAAGGGAUUCCGGUACACGCUGAUGCUUGAGAACCGCAAGCUUUGCCACAGUUGAAAAGAAAUGUUUUAAUAUACUGGUAUCCCCCCGAGGCUCUGAGGUGCUUUUAUAUUUUCCUCCUUAAGUAUAGAGGUGUUUUUGUACAGUUCUUUGCAGAAACUGUUAAAUGUCUUUAUUUCCUAUACUUUUCCCCUCAAGCUCCUGAAAGAUCUGGAAACACUGAGAAAGGAUGAUGUGGAGAAAAUGCCAUUGAGGCCAUUUUUAGAUGGAUGGAAACAACCUUUUAAAAGUGGAUUAAAGUAUAACAAUGGAGUUUUAGUCUGUGAAUGAUAGUCAUGUUUUACAGUUGACAGUAAAACAUUAGUGUAAGAUACUGCCAUCCAUGAUUUUAUGAUACUUAUUCAUUACAUCUUAGUUUCAUGUGAAAAUGUCAUAUAUUUUCCAGUAUCAUCAUGAUGACGACUUUAAGGUGUAGCUCACAAAAAUGAAACAAAUAAUUGGAAAGAAAAACCACCCUGAGUACAUAGCUAUUGUGUAAUAAACACCUGUUGAGUUAUUGGUAAUCUUUUGCUGGGAAUUAAUCUCAAUACUUCAGAGCAUGUAAAAAUCGAUUUUCAGUGAUGCCACUUAAUCACACCCCAUUGUCUUUGUUUUACAUUUCAGCUAGUGAUGCUACAGGGGUUGGGGACCAGUAGUAGCAGCAUGUUGUAUUUUUUUGUUGUCUGACUUACAGAUUUGGUGUUUCAGAAUAUAAUCAUCUUAAAGCUUUGAAAUUAAGUCAUGGCCAUUUCUUUAGAUGUUAUUUGGCUACUUUAUUACUAAAGCCUACAACCCGAAACUGUCUUUCUGGGAGUAUGUGUGGCUGUGGAGGAGUGCGCUAGUAUCACUUCCUCAGGUGCUCAUGUUUUGUGCCUGGAUCUUUAUUUAUAAAAGGGACUGGGUGAUGACACAGAGAGGUCAGUGCUAUUGAAAGUCACAUGUUACUCACAGUUCCCCUAAAAACAUGCGGCAUGGCUUGACAUGCGGGGUCACAGGACAAACACCAGGUUUACGUCAGCAGGCAGAAGACCCGAAGCAAGUGAUAGGUUUAGGCCAGAGCCUUGAUUGGAGUUUUCCCCAGAAAAGCUAAGCAGGGCAGGGAGAACAGUUCAGGAGUGG